AUGGCGCCCGGCGGAGGUGGCAACAUUAAGGUGGUGGUGAGGGUGCGGCCGUUUAACAGCAGAGAAAUGGACAGAGGAGCGAAGCGGAUCGUGGAAAUGAAGGACAACCAGACUAUCAUCACAGUACCCGACGGACACCAAGGCAAGGGCGGCGCCAAGGACAACCAGCCGAAAUCUUUCGCAUUCGACAGGUCAUACUGGUCCUUCAACAAGGCUGAUAGCAACUAUGCGGGACAGAACAACCUCUUCGACGAUCUUGGAGCCCCGUUGCUCGACAAUGCCUUCGAUGGGUACAACAACUGUAUUUUCGCAUAUGGCCAGACCGGGUCCGGAAAGUCGUAUUCCAUGAUGGGAUAUGGUAAGGAAGUGGGAAUUAUCCCCAUGAUUUGCCAGGAGAUGUUCAACCGCAUCCAGACCAUCCAGGCGGAUGGUGUCACCAAGUGUACGGUGGAAGUUUCCUACCUCGAGAUUUACAACGAACGAGUCCGCGAUUUGCUCAACCCGUCCACCAAGAGCGGCCUCAAAGUCCGUGAACAUCCCUCUACUGGACCCUACGUAGAAGAUUUGGCAAAGCUAGUUGUUACUGGCUUCCAGGAGAUUGAGCACCUGAUGGACGAGGGUAACAAGGCCAGAACGGUGGCGGCGACAAACAUGAACGAAACAUCCAGUCGAAGUCACGCUGUCUUCACGCUGAUGUUGACGCAGAAGAAGAAGGAUAUAGAGACGAAGAUGGAGGCCGAGAAGGUUGCCAAGAUCAGUCUGGUCGAUUUGGCUGGUUCGGAAAGAGCCAAUUCGACCGGAGCGACUGGCGCGCGUUUGAAGGAGGGUGCGGAAAUCAACCGAUCCCUCUCUACCCUUGGUCGUGUCAUUGCGGCAUUGGCUGAUAUGUCAACUGGCAAGAAGAAGAAGGGCUCAGGCCAGGUGCCGUACCGAGACAGUAUUUUGACCUGGUUGCUGAAGGACUCGCUCGGUGGAAACAGUAUGACGGCCAUGAUUGCGGCCAUUAGUCCCGCAGACAUCAACUACGAUGAGACGCUGAGUACUCUCCGAUACGCCGACUCGGCUAAACGUAUCAAGAACCACGCUGUCGUCAACGAAGAUGCCAACGCCCGCAUGAUUCGUGAGCUCAAAGAAGAACUGGCUCUGCUCCGAAGCAAGUUGGGCGGAGGUGUCCCUGGCGGUGUUGCUGGCGCCGCCGUGCCUGCCGACGAGAUGUAUGACCCGAACACGCCACUGGAAAAGCAAAUGGUUAGCAUCACUGGUGCCGAUGGUACCGUCAAGAAGGUCUCCAAGGCCGAAAUCGCGGAGCAACUCAGCCAGAGCGAGAAACUGCUGACAGACCUUAACCAAACAUGGGAGGAGAAGCUUCUGAAGACGGAAGAAAUCCACAAGGAGCGUGAGGCUGCUUUGGAAGAGCUGGGAAUUAGCAUUGAAAAGGGAUUCAUUGGCUUAUCAACGCCAAAGAAGAUGCCCCAUUUGGUCAACUUGUCCGAUGAUCCUUUACUGGCCGAAUGUCUCGUGUACAACCUCAAGCCUGGCACGACCACUGUGGGCAACAUGGAUACAAACGCCGACCACCAGGCCAAUAUCCGGUUGAACGGCACACGUAUUUUGCACGACCAUUGUACUUUCGAAAAUGGGUCAGACGGCACGGUGACAGUCUUCCCGUCGGAGGGGGCGUCCGUUAUGGUUAAUGGCAAACGGAUCGCAGAACCUACGCAGCUGCACUCAGGAUACCGAGUGAUUUUGGGCGACUUCCACAUCUUCCGAUUCAACCAUCCCAUGGAAGCCAGAGCAGAGAGAGCGGAGGGUGGAGUUGGCGGGAGUUUGCUGCGACACUCGGUGACGGCAAGUCAGCUGAUAGAUAGGCCAACGCCAUCGCCAAGCCCCAUGCGAUCUGGGCACGAGAGGACAAUUAGUAGAGUGUCCGAUUUUGCCGAAUCCAGGCCCGACUCACCUGCUGCGUUUGGACGUGGAGGACGAGACUCGGACUGGUCUCUUGCUCGGAGGGAGGCUGCUGGCGCUAUUCUUGGGACAGAGCAAAACUUCACUAGCCUGACGGAUGAAGAGUUGAAUGCGCUGUUUGAAGACGUUCAGAAGGCAAGGGCAGAGCGUGUUCAGGGCCGAGAAGAUGGAGAGGAUUCAGAGUCCGUCACCUCGUACCCGAUCAGAGAAAAGUAUCUGUCCACGGGCACGAUUGACAACUUCUCCCUUGAUACUGCUCUGACAAUGCCCUCUACACCGCGACAAGGCGAUUCUGACGACAAGUUGAAAGAUGUACGUGAAGAGCUACAGAAUCAGCUUGAAAGACAGAAGGAGGAGUUCCAGGAACAGCUUAAGAACGCAGAGGCCGCAAACGUCGAGGUUGAAGAGAUCAAGAAGGAAAAGGUCAGGAUGGAGAACACGUUGAAAGAGCUGAAGGAGGAUAUGCAGAAGCAGCUCAAUCUUCAGCGCAAAAAGUACGAGGAGAAGAUUGAGAAGAUGGACCCUUUGAAACGACCCAAGGCCAAUCCGAAGCUCUCCGAGGAGGAAGUGAAGCGUGCAAAGGAUGUCAUCAAAGUCUGGCGGAGCAGACACUACGUCAAGAUGGCCGAAGCCGUCCUGCAAAGCGCCGCCACGUUGAAAGAGGCGCAGAUCAUGAGCAAUGAGCUUGAUGAGAGUGUCGUUUUCCAGUUCACAGUCGUGGAUGUCGGGCAUUCCGUAUGCUCGUCCUAUGACAUGAUGUUGAAUGGCCUGACAGACGAGAGCGAUGACAUUGCUCUCGAGGAAGCGCCCAAGCCGUGUAUCGGCAUCAGGGUUGUUGAUUACCGAAAUGGUGUCGUCCGGCUCUGGAGUCUUAACAAGCUCUUGGAACGCGUGCGAAUCAUGAGGCAGAUGCACCAGUACUUGGACCAACCCGAGUACGCACAACACCUGAGUCUCGACAACCCUUUCGUGGAAGCCUGCAUGCCUUCUUAUACUCUCGUCGGAGAGGCAGAGGUGCCACUCCGAGCUGUGUUUGAGAGUAGAGUCCAAGAUUUUGCGCUUGAGGUACUGUCUCCGUAUACAUCAAGCACUAUUGGAAUCAUCAAGCUAUCUCUCGAGCCUUCGCACGCUCGAGCACCUUCGAAUACUCUCAAAUUCAAUGUCGUCAUGCAUGAGCUGAUUGGGUUUGCCGAACGCGAGGGCACAGAGGUACAUGCCCAGCUCUUUAUUCCUGGCAUCUCUGAGGAGGACGGCAUCACAACAACUCAGAUGAUAAAUGAAUUUGACGAGGGUCCGGUCCGGUUUGGGAGCGUUCAUAGCAUGAGCGUUCCUCUUUCGGCUCCAUCUGAUGUCACCUUGAGAGCAGCGAUCUUCGCAAAUGUCACCUCAAUGCAUCUCGACAAGCUACUCAGCUGGGAUGAUAUGCGCGACAGCUCUCCCAUGGCCAAUGGAUCUGGCUCGCGAAUUAAUGAGACCCAGUUCUUCACCCAAGAAAAGCAUGAUAUUCUGUCCCGAAUUCAGAUUAAAGAGCUGGAUGAAAUAGGCGAGUAUGCACCGGUCGAAGUGGCCCAGACAAGUGAACUGGAUACCGGCACGUUCCAGCUGCACCAAGGUCUGCAAAGGCGUGUUAGCAUCGACAUCUCGCACAGCUCUGGAGAUGCCUUGCCUUGGGGCGACGUAACGUCAGUCCGAAUUGGCAAGAUAGAGCUUCUGGACUCCGCUGGCAAGAUGCCCAACAUGACAGCCAACGAGCCUUUUGUCUCUCUGAAGCUCGCAUCGAACCCAGUCUUCCGAGAGAAUGCCAACGGAACCCGCUGCAUCAACGUCAGCGCGCAAUGGGACUCAAGCUUGCACGGCUCUCUGUUGCUUGACCGGGUUACUGCCGACAAGUACCGAGUCCAGCUGACGGUCGCUUGGGAAAUCAGUUCAGAGAAGCUGGCCGAGCCCAUGAAGUUUUCACAAAAAGUUUGUGUGCAGAUACUGCCCAGAACCUUUGUCCGGCAGACAUCAGUCUUCUCUUCACUGUUUAAGAAUGCCCGGUUUGUGCGAUCAUCAACUGGCAUCUUCACCCUCACAAUGCGCCCCGCCCCAAUUAAGAGAAUCGGCGAUCUUUGGAGGAUGAACAGCCAGCACGACUACGUCAAGGGCGAAGAGAAUCUGAAGAGCUGGGCUCCUCGCGGGGUGUCGUUGGUGAGCGACUUCAUCCGCGCUCGUCAGAAGCGGCGCCGUGCCACUGAAGUUGGGACUAUGGAAACCAUACUUAACAAGAUGGGUCUGGAUGAGACCAAUAACUACACAAAGGUGAAGGAACCGGAGCCGGAGCCGUCUCCAGAACUCAAGCCUAUCAUCCCCAAUGAUGACGACCUUUUGAAUGAUACGCCAGACACGUCACCAGCGCCUUCUAUUCAUGGCGACGAUGAAGCAGCCGAGGAGCAGGAAGAGAAGCCAGUGGAGGAGACUGCCCCAUCAGACGAGCCUCAGGUUGAGCGGGAGUACAACGAUAUCCAAACCGACCUUUUGGAGCGUUGUGUGAAAUUAUGGAACAAAUUCCCCGACCCUUUGACAAAUAUUCUCAGCCCGGCGAACACAGCACCCCCAGAAGACGGAGUUGCAGUGGAGGCUCCCCUUCCUCCAAGCUUGAUCACGACAAUUAUCCGCGUGCCGAAGAACCCUAAGGUUCUUAAGGGAGGUUAUCUUCUUGUUCCUAACGACAACUCAACUCGCUGGGUGAAGAGGUUCGUGGAGCUACGUCGUCCCUACCUCCACAUUCAUUCAGCAACGGACGGAGACGAGGUCGGCCUUGUGAGCCUGCGUAAUUCGCGCGUUGACAGCCAACCGGGAGUUCUCGGACUUUUGCAUGGCCCUGACGACUACGACCAGCCUCCAGGGCGAAAUGGUGGUGCAGAUUUCACCCCAGGACACCGACGCACAGCAUCGGGCAGGGUGAUAUCUACGGUGUGGACGGGAUCGAGCGACCGAUCAACGAAUGGCGAUGGGCAAGGUCUCCAGCGUCUCAGUGAGCGGAUGCAGGCGGCGGUUUUUGCCAUAUAUGGCACCGACAACACCUGGUUGUUCGCGGCCAGGAGUGAGCGGGAUAAGAUGGACUGGAUCUUCCGGAUCGACCAGACCUACUUGUCGGUUGCUGGCAGCGCGGAGGAGAGCAGAGCGAGCAGCCCUCGACUGAGCGACUUCUAA